CAUGGCAGCACCCAGUUGAUCGUGAAAGAAACGUUUUUAGCACUGAGUAAAAUUUUCAUCAAGUGGUGUUAUAAGAUACAUCUUCGUAUUUUUCGUCAUGGCAUCAGGCUUAGAAAGUUACAUCAAUCACACAGUAUCUGUUAUUACAAAUGAUGGUAGACAAAUCGUGGGAACUCUAAAGGGUUUUGACCAGACAAUCAACCUCAUCUUAGAUGAGAGUCAUGAGCGAGUCUAUAAUAGCGCCUCAGGAGUGGAGCAAGUGGUGUUGGGACUGUAUAUCAUCAGAGGUGACAACAUAGCCAUCAUCGGUGAGAUUGAUGAGGAGACUGAUAGUGCCCUAGACUUAUCCAAUGUCAAGGCAGAACCUCUUAACCCAGUGGUACAUUGACAGUGGUUUAUGCCUUCUCAUCAGGACUCGUUAUCCAACUUCUCAGAACUCCUGCGAGUUGUUUCUAACUUCUGCUGGUACUUUUUUUCAUCCCUCCGACCAUUGAAUAGCUGAGGUGUGUCUAUGUGGCCUAUUAAACACCUGCACAUUUCAUAGGAUGUAGAUGCAUUAAUGUGCACACGGUAAACUGCUACUGUGAGAACAUUAUGGAAACCACUACAAAUAUACACAGCGGUUGCCAUACCAGGAUUGUUGGGUGUCAAAGGGCGUUCUACUUCAGAUUGACUUGUAUGGGUUGAUGGAUUGGCAGAAAGGAUCAAAGGGACUCUUGACGAAAUGAAUGGUCAUUUUCCCAUGUAGUCAACUUUAGAAUUUCAGCUGCUCUGUGUGACACCGUGUAUGAGUCAUUCGUAACACUCCAAACUACACCAGAAGUUGUGGCUGAAAAACUUUUGCGUCAAGUAGCUCGACUCGGUUUUAUGACUAUUGGCAACUCCAUAACCCUAAUUAUAAAGACAGUGUUUACUGGAAUGGCAUGGUAACCCCCCAUCCCCUUCUUUCUGCUGUGCCUCCUUUUGCUGCUCUCCCCAACACUGCCUCAGUACCCCUGCCUUUAAAAUCUUGGGUUCAUCUCUCGAAAAUGGAGGACUCUUGGUAAUAAACUACAUAAUAUUAAGGUUUCUGUUGAAAACCUUUUUUUAUUAAAAUGUUUACCCAUGUAAUUUAUUUGUGUUAAGUAAAAGCUUCUGAAGAGGUACAUUUGUGAUUUUAACCAUCUACAUUUUAAGUGUUGGUUUUCUCUUUUUUUGUUUCGUGAAGUUCUCUGUGAUUGCUGCUUAUUAUUGUCAAGAGUACUCUGGUUUGAACAAUUAUCACAUUCAGAACCCCACACAAGCCAAUCCCUAUGUUGACAUUCCAUUCAUUGUACAUUUAUAUUCUAAUGUAUAAAGUAGCCAGUUUGACUCAGUGUGGAUGAAAAUGCUAGUUGGAAAUUUUAAAUUUGGCAACUUGAAAGAGAAUUACAUGUAUGUGGCAACUGAGUACUACAGCCCUACUCAGCCCCAAAUAAUCUGUGCAAAUGUCAAUGGACAAAGCUUUCUAACAUCUUUUCCACUGUUUUUUAUUAACAGAAAUCAAGCUAUUUCAACAUAGUUCAAACUUGA